AUGUCUAAAAUAGACCUAGGUGCAGCCAUCUACAUUGCAUUAAAACCAAUCUUCAAGAUUUACACAAUUAUAUUUGUGGGAUUCCUCAUUGCCAAAUAUAAUAUUGUAUCAAUGGAAAAUGCAAAAGGUAUUUCCAAUAUGGUUGUUAAUGCAAUUUUGCCCUGUCUGACCUUCAAUAAGAUUGUUACAAAUAUUUCAUGGCAUGAUAUCAAGGAAGUCGGUGUCAUUAUCCUGUCUGCAAUCAUCUUGUUUUCAUUUGGUGCUACAGGUGCUUUGAUUACGAACUAUACAACGCCUGUACCAAAGACCUUCUACUGGAGUUUUAUCUUUGCUGGUCUUUUCCCGAAUAUUUCUGAUCUUCCUAUUGCUUAUACACAAAGUAUGGGUAAUGGUGCAAUUUUCACAGAAGCAGAAUCGGAAAAAGGUGUCGCUUAUUCAUGUAUCUUUUUAUUUACACAAAGUUUUCUAAUGAUGAAUUUUGGUAUGUGGAGAAUGGUUGGAUUGGAUUUUAGAGAUUCUAAAAAGGAUUCUGAAGACUUAGAAAGUCAAAAUACUUCUGUAAAUAUAUCUGAUAUUGACACUAAUCAGGGAACAUCAAUGAUUAUGGACGAACCUAAGGAUAACAAUCUAGAAACAACUUCGCAAGUACCAAGAGUCAGUAUUUCAAGUUCGGAUGGAUCGAAUAGGGCUAGUGUUUUAAGUAGUUUAAGCAGUAACGUGGUUGAUUAUGAGAAUGGUUAUUUUACAGGGAAUCGCAAUUAUAUUCAACAAUAUGACAAAGAUACGGCUAAUCAAAAGAGUACAACCUCAGAAAUUGAGAAGCCAAGUGAGGCACAUCUAGUUGGUGGGUCCGAUCAAAUACGGCGAACUACUUCUUUCUAUUCGAAUAAUAUGGGACUAGAUGAUAGGAAUGAAGAUAACCUAGGUUAUGAUGAAUAUAGGAGCGCUGUAACAAGAAGAAGACCAAGGAGAUCAUCUAUCCAUGAUGUUAUAUCAUCAUUCAGUGCUGUUAACCGUAUAAAGACUGGUGAAUUAGAUCUUACGCGACCAUUAAGUAUGACCGAAGAAGUUGGACGUGAAAACACCACUAUUGGCGCAAUUGAUAACAAUACAGAAGAAACUGGUAUAGUAGAAAAUACUCUCAAGAGUAAUGGUGAUUUGCAAUCUGUCUACUCCGAAAAGUCUACUAAAUGGAUUAGAUUUAAAAAGAGAGUAUCAGAUUUUAUUCAUGAACAUCAUCUGGAAUGGGUUGCAUAUUUUGCAAUUAAUUUCUGUAGACCAGCUUCCUUGGGUGCAUUACUAGGUAUUAUAUGUGCAUUAGUUCCUUGGAUUAAAGCAUUAUUUGUUCCAACGUAUGUCCAUGUUCAUCAAGCUCCAGAUGACCUACCGGUAUUAAAUUUUCUAAUGGAUUUUACAGCUUAUAUUGGUAAUGCAUGUAUUCCAUUAGGAUUAUUAUUGUUGGGAGGUACAUUAGCAAGACUAGAGGUUAAUUCUAUCCCUAAAGGUUUCGAUAGAUCUGUGGUACUAAUGACAGUUUUCAGAUUGAUUAUAUCGCCUAUCAUCGGUGUCUUAUGGGCUAACAAACUGUACGACAUGAACUGGCUGGAUUCGCGGAUUGGGAAAUUUGUCAUGGUCCUUACAUGGUCGAUGCCUUGUUCUACAUCUCAAGUUUAUUUCACAGCCUUUUAUACACCCGUUGUGGGAUCUCACGUCCAAAUGGAUUGUUUAUCGGUAUUCUUUGUUGCACAAUAUGCGAUCCUAUUUAUUACCUUAUCAAUUGUCGUGACAUACACAUUAAAGGUAGAUCUUAAUGUGUAA